AUGGCUGUGGCAAAUGGAAUUUCCGAGGACGGGUUCGAAUAUCAGUGGCAGACAAAUUAUCUUUCACACUGGCUGCUCACCUUCCUCCUGACUCCUGUCAUGGAACUGACUGCCACUACAGUGCCAGCCGGCACUGUCCGUAUUGUUAAUGUCUCUUCGUCAAAUCACAAGAUGGCGCCGCCCCAAGGCAUUGAUUUUGAAGACAUUAAUCUCCAAGGGCCAGGCCCUAGCAGCAACCCUUGGGUAAGGUACGGCCAAAGCAAACUCGGAAACUACCUUCACGCUCUUUCACUUCAUGACAAGCUCAAUAAGAAGGGGAUAUGGACGGCGCCUCUACAUCCUGGUAUUGUAGACACCAACCUGAGCGCCAAUAUUCAAAUGUUUGCAGUCUCGAUUCUGUCCUCGAGACCUGUAAUAUGGCUACUUCGUAGAGUCGGCUUCAUGCUCAACACCGACCAAGGGAGCUGGACCCAGCUUUUCGCAAUCGCAGGAAGAGGUUUCGAUGCAGCACUAUCAGGAACCUAUCUUGAGCCCAUAGCAAAGAAGGGCACUGUGAAAAUGCCACGGGGGGUUACAUCCGAAGAUCUGCAAAACCGGCUGUGGAAAUGGACAGAGAGAGAGAUGAAAGCUAGAGGUCUCAUCAGUUGA